UGACGGAGUCAGGAUUAGAACCCAGGUCUUUCUGACUCCCAGCACUAACCUGGCUCUGAUACCUGCCGGUCGUAUGGCUUCUCACCGAUCUCCAGCUCUCAUCCUGUAAAUGCCCCCAGGAGCUGUGUGGGACCAAUCUUCAGCCACCAUUUCAGCACGGGUGGUUCCUGAGCCGCAAGGUCAGGGGUUGGCUCUGCCUGUAUUUGCAGAGAUGCAGCCCGGUAAGGCCCCUGUGAUCCUGUGCAUCCCAGGAUGGGUGAUAACAGUCUUUCAGCAACUACUUAUGAAUCUGAUUUGGAGAUGAAAUUGAAGAAGAAAACUCGACACAAACCUCCACCACGAUCACCGAAAUCCCCAUACCUCUCUAAACCUAAAAAGGUUGCGGCCUGGAGGUCUUUGAAAUCAGCAGGGAGCACGCCUCUGGGAAACAUGAUGGCUAAAUCCUCCGGCAACUGUGGCCUGGAACUUCGAAACAAGCUAGUUUAACCUCAGGCCUUUAAAAUCAGACCUUGACUUGGGAUACACACGGACCAGCCCUUCCAGCAGCACGCCCGAAUAUUUGAAGGAAGCUCUAGGGAUGAAGAAGCCAAAGCGUAGCCGUUCCUCUAGCAAUGGCCAUAUACCUGGAACCCCCAUGUACAAAGAGAAAGAAGAUAUGUAUGAUGAGAUCAUUGAAUUGAAGAAGAUGUUGCACUCUCAGAAAAAUAACGUGGACAUGAUGAAAACAAAGCUCCGGAGACUAGAGGAGGAAAAUAACAGGAAGGAUCGGCAGAUUGAGCAGCUCUUGGAUCCAUCCCGGGGCUCAGAAUUUGCCCGGACUCUGGCAGAGAAAAGGUCGGAAACUAGCUGGGUGAUCAAUGGACUGAAACAGAGGAUUCUCAAAUUGGAGCAACAGUGCAAGGAAAAGGAUAAUAUUAUCAACAAACUCCAGACAGAUGUAAAGACAACUAACUUGGAAGAGAUGCAGAUUACUCUGGAGACUUACUAUGAAGAGAUCCAUCGUCUUCAGAUUCUUCUGGCAAAUUCUGAAGCUGCAGGAAGGAAGUCCUCUCCAGAAAAAUCAACUCCACAGAAACAUCAGAAGACGAUGAAGGCUGCUAUCGUGCAUUUAGCCAGGAAUGUUAGAGAACUACAGGAUGAGAACCAGAGCUUGAAAGAAGAUCUGGACAAAGUAUUGAGCAAUUCUCCUAUUUCCAGCAAAGCUAAAGGUUACCGUGACUGGAGCAAACAGAGGCUAGUGCGACGGAUCUCAGAAUUGGAAAAAAAAGUGGGUGAGCAGGAGAGCACAAGAUUGCAGUCUUUGUUUCGGGCCACAUCAGCUCCCCUGGUUCAGUCUACUCCAACCUCAACACAACCAGAGCAGCGGGGACCUGACCCCCUUGAAGAGGGUCAGCGCCUCCGAGGGCUCGUGAAGAAACUGAAGGGAGAAAGGAAGGCAUUGCAGACCCAGCUUGCUGAGAAAAAUUUGGAGAUAAAGAUGUUACUGGAGGCAAAAGCUGUCAUGGAGAAGGAGCUGAAAAAAGAGAACAAAACAGAGAAAGAGAGAAGAAAAGAAGAGUCUUUAAGAGAUGAAGCCCAGAGUCUUACCAUGAAGAUGCCAGAGCUCGAAGAAAGCAGAACAAUUGCAGAUGAUUCCAUGGAAAUAGCCCUUGAGGUCCAAGAAGAACUUACAGAACAAGGUCCUGCACAAAAUGCAAGUGAUCUGCCCUCUCUGCCCACAUCUGCCUGCUCUGAAGUGGAAAAUGAAGAUCCAAGAAAAGAUAAAGCUGCCAGAAUCCUUCAGGCUCAUUGGAAGGCAUACAGGAGCAAGAAGCGAGUGGAUGAAUGGCAAGAAGGGAUGGGGCAGAAAAAGGAAGUUGAGCUGGAUGAGGCUGCUGAAGUACUUCAGGCAGCUUUCAGGGGACAUUUAGUACGGCAGAGACUGUUAUCAAAUAAUACACUCGUUCCAAAAUCUCCCAAUGUGUGUGGACUUCCAAAUAAGGGCUCCUAUAUGUCCCACGGUCAUAUCUCUUCCAGUUUGGCUGCCGCCUGCAGGGAGGAAGAAGAGGCUAUUAUAGUUAUCCAGUCAAUUUUCAGGGCUCACUUAGCCCGCGCUGGGCAGAGGCCUUCUGUUUCCAGUCAUGCAAGUGAAAGAAUAAGUUCUGUGAAUUCCAGUAAGAAGUCCUCUUCACAUGUCUACCUGAAACCAUCCUCUUCACCUUUCACAACAGCAUCUCCUGGUAAAGAAGACAGUAAACUGAGAGGUGAAGAGAUUGUAAAGGAAUCAGCUGCAGAGGAGAAGAAAAGACCAACAAAAGUGAAGCCACCAUCUAUACAGUCAUUUUCCACCGUUUCCCUCCACUCCCGAUUGCAGCCUGUGGCCUCUCCACCCUUGGACGAAGUACAUUCAGACGAUUCAGAUGAUAUUAUCAUCUCUCCAUAUCUGCCCAUGAAGAAGAAACACUCCCACUCUUAGACCCAGGGUCUUCCACCUGCAACUUAUUUUCACCAAUUUAAAAAUAUAUUUUUAUUCCAUAUGAGGUUAGUGUUAAGAGAACCAAGGACAAUUUGGAAAAUUCAUUUUCUGAAAUUUCCAAACCUGGAAAAAUAAUUUAACUCGGUAGGAAAAGAAGAGUACGUUAAUCUGCACUGAUUGUUACUAUACAAAUUUUGUCUGCCUUGACUAUAUGGGAAAACAGAAAGGACUUUGUUCGUUUGCCAUAAAUUAUAUUAAAACCUCUGUUUCAUAAGAA